AGUGCAGAAUGAGAGGUUUCAAGUUUAGGGUGGGAUACGGGAGAGCAGAAGAGAGAGAGAGAGAGAGAGAGAGAGAGAGAGAGAGAGAGAGAGAGAGAGAGAGAGAGAGAGAGAGAGAGAGAGAGAGAGAGAGAGAGAGAGAGGAGAGAGAGAGAGAGAGAGAGAGAGAGGGAGAGAAGGAGAGAGAGAGAGAGGGAGAGAGAGGGAAGGUGGACUCACCACAGAGCAGGGCGAGGAUGACGGCUGCAGCAAUGCAGAGAGGGAGGAGCCGCGCCAUUGCGUGAUGCCUUCUGAAGGCAAAAAAGAGCGCUG